AUGUGGAUAAUUCCUAACACGGAUCAAAGGCACCAAAAAGAACUAAAAGGCAAACUAAAUCCCUGCUCCAUCACUGCCUGCCCCGGGUGGCGGCGCAGGACAUUUUCUCCAAGCGCCUUCCCGCCCGCACGCAGGUGGCCUGCGCUGGAGGAUCCGGGGCAACGCGCAUUUCCUGCGCCCCCGGAAGUGGCGGCGACGCCAGGCCCUGCCCCCGGCAGAGGCGGAAGCGCAGUCGCCCUGAGAGAUCUCCCGUCGCCGCAGGCGCCUCGGCCAGCCGCGCGCCUUGGCCCUUGGCCCUUGGCCGCCCAUUGCUACCGCCCCGGCCCUGGGCGGCCCGGGGCCUGCUGCGGGCGGGGCGCUGCCCGACCAGAGCUUCCUGUGGAACGUCUUCCAGAGGGGCGGGCUGGCACCGCCCAGGCACCUCCGGCCUCCGCCGCAGCCGACCCCGACCCCUGCCCCGACCCACGCGGCCGCCCCCGACCCCUGCCCCGACCCACGCGGCCGCCCCCGACCCCUGCCCCGACCCACGCGGCCGCCCCCGUCCCCUGCUGGUUGCCCGGCGGCCUCCCCCAUCACCUGCCGGGUCCCCAGAGGCCGCCCCCGUCCCCUGCGCCGACCUCCACCGCCUCCCCCGUCCCCUGUCCCGACCCCCGCGGCCUCCCCCGACCCCUGCCUCGACCCCCGCGGCGGCCCCUGACCCCUGCCCCGACGGACGCGGCCGCCCCCAUCCUCUGCCCGGUCUCCUGUGGCCGCCCCUGCCUCCUGCCGUGUCCCUGUCCUGUGUCGGGCCCUUCCCAAGGUGCAGAGUGGGCCACUGCAGACCCGAGGUCGCGGCCACCGGCUUCUGGGCUAGGCUCUUUUCUCGCCUCAGGAGCCGUCAGGGGGAGGUUCUCCAGGGUGCUUGUUUGGGGAAAGCGGAAACAGACUGCCUGGACCGCUGUUAAAAUGUCAGCAGCCAAGGAACAAGCAGCGACCCGGCGUCUGGUCGGGCCAGGGUUGAUAAAGACAGGAGUGGAGUGAUAUCAGACACCGAGCUUCAGCAAGCUGUCUCCACGGUGAGUGGGCCAGUGGGACCUGGGCCUCGGGACCAAGAAGCCGCGAGUCUGCCCUGCUCACAGUGGAUAACUUUCUUUCUGAAGUUGAUUUUCCAAGGACAAAGGAAUCAUUAGGACAAAUUACUAUUACUAUUACUAUUACUAUUACUAUUACUGGUUCAUGGUGGAGAUGCUUCUGGUUUAUUUUGUGGCUACCGCUGUUACUGCUUGGAGUGCCUCACCGAGCCAGCUAACAACUGCGUGCGUGAGCACAGGGAAAGGCUUCUUGAGAAAUGAAAACUAGGUUGUAGGUUUAGGAGGGGAAUAGGAAGGUUAGCUCUGUACAGCCGAAAGCCUUUUGGUAAGUUGGACGUCCUUGAAUUUCCUCGGUGACUGCAUCUUGGUGACUUCUCUGAAUGGACCUUCGAGGGCACUGGGGGGUGAUUGUUGGAGGGGUUGGGGAGCUCAGGCAGCACUUGUGUGGGAACGUGGCUGUUACAGGAACUGCAGAAACUGGGACUGGGUUCCUGGGGAAAGGACUGGGGGUGUUGGAGGCGCUGGCAGGGGAGUUAUGGGGAGGUGUUCUUACCAGUGUGCGAAUACUGGGUGUUCAGGCGGCGGGAAAUCCGGGUCCUUGCAUGUUGUGAGCUCCCUGGAGUUACGUUCUUGCCAGUUUCAGCUCAACUGAUCCCCCUCCCCUGAGCUGUCAUUGGAUACAUUUUACUUCAUUGAACACCUGACUGCUGCUUUUUCUGUAAUCCCUCAGGGGCAGUCAUCUUUUCUGAUGCUGUGUAUAGUUUGCCUUUCCAGAUCCGUGCCAUUUAAGCUAGAAAAGGG